AUGCCGCCGCAAGAGGUCGACAAGCGCCAGGCCGCCCGUGAAGUCAUCGACAUCCUGCAUGAAAUUGCAACACUCCUCAACACCAACCUCAACCGCACUCAGCUCUCCUUCUGCGUCUCGCUGAUCGAGAAUGGCGUCAAUCCCGAAGCUCUCGCCAAUGUCAUCAGGGACCUUCGCGAGCAGUAUCCUGAACCGCUUGAGCCGGAGCUUGGCGAUGAGGAAGGCGAUGCUUGA